CAAUACAGGAAAACAAAAACUCAACUUAUUGAAAAACAUAAGGUUGCGUGAGUUAUGGGGAAGACGUCGACGAUGCUAUUUCUUUUCUAUCUCUGUAUAAUUGGGAUUUCAGUGAUAACAAGAUGCAAUGCAACGACAUACUUUGUGGGAGACACCUCUGGUUGGGACAUAAGCUCCGAUCUUGAAUCCUGGACUUUAGGCAAGAGAUUCUCUGUUGGUGAUGUUCUAAUGUUCCAAUACUCAUCGACGCAUAGUGUCUACGAAGUGGCAAAAGACAACUUCCAAAGAUGCAACUCUACAGACCCGAUCCGUACUUUCACAAAUGGGAACACGACCGUAGCUCUGUCCAAACCGGGAGACAGGUUCUUUCUCUGCGGUAACCGGCUUCAUUGCUUCGCUGGUAUGAGGCUACAAGUCAAUGUCGAAGGCAAUGGCCCAUCUCUGGCCCCUGUGGGAGCUCCCGGAGCUGCUCCCGUAGGAAUUCUUCAACCGUCUUCUAAGAAGAAUAACCCUGCGACCGGCGUUGCUAGCUCGGCUGCCCGCGUUGGUGGCUACGGUGGGAGGGUUAGUAUAGGGACUUUUGUAUAUCUGAUGGUUUUUGCUUUUCCAUUGUUAUGGACUUAUAUAUCGAUAACAACUAAAAUAAGAGUUUUCAGUAUACAAUGCAUGCACGCAUAUAUGUAUUGGUUCGAUUAUGUGAAACUUUGGUUUAGUUACUUUGGUUUGGUGUAA